AUGGGCAACAGAUUCACGUGUAUGUCUAAGAAAGACAACAAGAAUGGAGGGAUUGUGUCAAAGAUCAAAAGGGGCUCGAUUUCGAGGAGAAAGAGCUCAAUGGAAGAAGAAUUACUGCACAAGCAAGCUCUGGCCAUGGCGAUUCAACAGCACCAGCUUUCGCAGAGGUUCGAAAACGGGUCGAUGUCCCGCCGGGUCGGAUCCAACUCCUCCCGCCGCCGGGCCGCCAGCUUAUCGGACCCUUUUGGAAGUACAAUUAAUAAUGUUAAACAGUUGCCAGAGUUCUUGGAGAAUAUAAAGAUGAAGAAAUUUGUUUUGGUACACGGCGAAGGUUUCGGGGCUUGGUGUUGGUACAAAACUAUUGCACUACUUGAGGAAAAUGGACUCCUUCCUAUUGCCUUUGACCUGACCGGGUCCGGCAUUGACUUAACGGAUACUAAAAACGUGACUACUAUGGCCGAGUACUCAAAACCAUUGAUCGAUUAUCUGGAGAAAUUGCCAGAGGACGAGAAGGUAAUUUUGGUUGGUCACAGUACUGGGGGUGCUUGCAUCUCACAUGCAUUGGAACAUUUUCCCGAUAAGAUAUCGAAAGCCGUUUAUCUCUGUGGCACAAUGGUGUCUGAUGGGCAGAGACCUUUUGAUGUGUUUGCUGAGGAGCUUGGUUCUGCUGAACUUUUUUCGGCAGAUUCGAAAUCUCUAAUCUAUGGCAACGGUAAAGACAAACCUCCCACGGAAUUCAUGUUUGAGAAGCAGCAUUUGCAUGGAUUAUAUUUCAAUCAGUCUCCUGCAAAGGAUGUUGCUCUAGCAAUGGUUUCUAUGAGACCAAUCCCACUCGGCCCAAUGAUGGAGAAAGUAUCUUUAUCGGCCGAAAAAUAUGGAAAAGGGCGAAGAUUCUAUAUUCAGACAUUGGAUGACAAUGCUCUUUCACCGGAUGUUCAAGAAAAGCUCGUGAGAGAAAAUCCACCCGAAGGUGUCUUUAAGAUCAAAAGCAGUGAUCAUUGCCCUUUCUUCUCCAAGCCUCAGUCGUUGCAUAAAAUCUUGCUCGAGAUAGCUCAAAUUACAUAG